GUGUCAAUCGUGCAAUUUUCGUCAACAGCAACGCUGAAAAUGCCUUUCAAAAUCGGUCGAAAACGCGAUGAAGUCCUGGAAAAACUGGAUGAAAUUAAAUUCACUGGUUCAGAUACACGGAUUGCGCGUGCUGUUGAUCUAGCGCUUGCGGAGUUAACGCGUGCACGAAGACAUGACGCCAUUCAGGUAUAUUAUUAUUAG